AUGAAUAAAGAAAUAUUAAGAAAAGAUAAAAUGAGCCCUCAAACCAAAGAGGAGGCCGAAAAGCAAUUACAUUAUGAUUGUUUUCUAGACAUCAGCAACUCCUCCGCGUUAAGUCCCCUUACGAAAGGUUGUGGGGCUUGUCAAGAUAAAUAUAAAGCAAUUGUUACUAAAAACGCCAAAUCGGAAAAAUCCCCCACCGAAAGAAAAAACGCCCUUUUAGAAAAAGAGAAUGCCGAUUUAAAGGAAUUGAAAUUAACUGUCGACAAAUUAAUUGCUAUAUAUUUCCAUUUACAUAUGCACGCAACUCAAUAUACUCAAUCUCAAUUAAAACAAGCCUAUUCAAUGGUUACUCAAGAUUUAUUUCAGCGCUUAGUGAAAGCCAAAGACCAAGAACCUAUUCGCUUCGGUAAACUAGGUUCCUUUAAAAAAAGUGAAAACCAAACCACUAGUUAUUUACAUGAUGACCAAGGUCAACGUUUAAUUAUGGUAAAACUUGAUAAUUUUAAUCAGCAAAGUAGUCCGCCAACUGGUUUUAAUCAAACUAAUCCGAGCCAGUUUUCCAAUUCGCAAAACCAAACUCAAAGUCAAUUUAGCGAGCCCAAUCAGUCAACGCAGCAACCAGCCCCCAAGGCGAUGAGUGGACAGAAAAUUCCCGCCCUCGGAGGAACCAUGGCCGAGAUGCAAGCCAGUUUGCAGCAAAUUCAAUUUAGCCUAUCCCAAUUGCUUAACAGCCAGCAGCAACUUUCGACCCGUCUGCAAAGUUUAGAAACUAAUGCUUCCCAGCAACUCACUAACCUUAGCCAGCAAUUCGCUAAUGCUAAUAAAUCUUUUCACCUGCUAGCCACGGAAACUAAGCGCAGCCUGGAAUUUAAUCCCCGUCCUACUAGCCCUGAACGCGAACAAAACUCUUAUGAAGAAACUGAAUAUUAA